CUGACCUGUAAUAUUGCCCUAUAUAAAUUCCAAAGCCCUAAUACCCUAACAUUCAUACAAAGAAACAAAGCAGAAACCGUGCGAUUGCCAUUAGGGUUCAAUAUCUUCUCUGCAGAUCGCCUAAGGUUUCUCUGAAAAAAUGUCUCGCGUUUAUGUUGGUAACUUGGAUUCACGAGUCUCUGAGCGGGAUCUUGAAGACGAAUUUCGUGUCUUUGGAGUUAUUCGAAGUGUUUGGGUUGCUCGAAGGCCUCCAGGUUAUGCUUUUAUUGACUUUGAUGAUUACAGGGAUGCACAGGAUGCAAUUCGUGAAUUAGAUGGCAAGAAUGGAUGGAGGGUUGAGCUUUCUCACAAUUCUAGAGGUGGAGGUGGUGGCCGCGGUGGGGGUCGUGGUCGCUCUGGUGGUUCUGAUUUGAAGUGCUAUGAGUGUGGCGAGCCUGGUCAUUUUGCCCGUGAAUGUCGACUACGUGGUGGUUCAGGAAGACGUCGUAGCCGCAGCCCUAGAUACCGCAGGAGUCCAAGUUAUGGAAGAAGGAGUUACAGUCCUCGUGGGCGAUCCCCAAGACGCCGCAGUGUGUCACCUCGUGGACGCAGUUAUAGCAGGUCACCCCCACCGUACCGUGGACGUGACGAGUUGCCUUUUGCCAAUGGAAAUGGUGUAAGGGAUCGUCGCCGCAGCAGAAGCUAAGCAUUGUAAACUUGGUAACUUGCCUUUUUUGAGAGGAGACUGGAUUAAGUGUGUUUAGUAUAUUUGGACUUCAGUACAACUAUGUUUUUAUUUGGGUGACGCCCUCAGGCUCUCUUGGAUUUGGAUAAGUUUUCUUCUUACUUCAUUUAUAUGUUGGCUAUUUUUCUUUUAGCUAUGAGUAGUUGCAUUAUCUUCUUUGUCAAAACAAUAUAGAAUUUAUUAUUAUAAUUUUAUUGAGAUAGUUUUUAAGAA